AUGGACAGGGAUAGCGAGAAAGGUCCCAGGGUGACCAUACAGUCCAACUCUAGGUCUCAAGAAUCCGUCAUCCAGGAGGGUGGAGUGAAAUACACAGCAGAAACCGGUGUCAACUCGACAGCUGUUACCUAUCAAGAUGCCUCGGGCGCACCGGUCGAAACGGACUCGCCUUUAGGUUACUCUGUGAGCUUUUGGACCAGUCUAUGCCUGAACAUUAAUCAGAUGAUCGGGACUGGUAUAUUCUCAACACCCGCUACCAUUCUCUCCGGCGUGGGCUCCGUCGGUCUCACCAUGAUCUACUGGUUUAUCGGCUACCUCCUGGCACAUACGACACUGGCAACAUAUCUGGAGCUUGCAUCAUAUUUCCCUAGUCGCUCUGGUGCAGAAGUGGUCUAUCUGGAACAAGCAUACCCAAAGCCGCAAUAUUUCUUCCCAACGACCUUCGCCGUCAAACACGUCGUCUUUUCAUUCGGAAGCAGCAAUGCUGUUGUCCUAGCUCAAUAUCUUUUUGGACUUUCCGGCCAUGAAUACACAGACUGGCAAUUAAAAGGCGUUGCCGUGGCAGUUUACACGCUGGCGUUCAUGGUGGUCAGCGCCAAUACGAAAUGGUCCUUGAGGCUAGUGGUUUGGUUUGGAUUUGUCAAGAUCGCAACUCUGUUGUUGAUCUCCAUCGCGGGGCUGGUAGUGCUCGGUGGCCACACCAAAGUGCCCGAUCCCCAGAUGAACUGGCGGAAUGCGUGGGAGGGCUCUUCGGAGGCAACUGCGUAUGGCGCCACAAAUGCCAUGGUCAAGUUGAUCUUCUCGUAUGCAGGAUAUACCAACGCAUUUAGUGUUGCCAACGAAAUCAAGAAUCCCAUCAAAACUCUACGCUGGAGUGCCCCGUUCUCGUUGCUCCUUGUCACAGGCUUAUAUAUUCUGGUAAAUGUUGCCUACUUCUCCGCUGCAUCGAGAGAGGAGAUCUUGAACUCGAAGCAAAUCGCGGCCGGCAUUUUCUUUGAGAAGCUCUUCGGGUCUAACGGGUCUGGACGUGCGCUGAAUGUCCUCAUCGUGAUCAGCGCAUUUGGAAACCUCAUGGCCGUGUUGGUCAACUUUUCGCGCAUGCUGCGAGAGACUGGAAGGCAAGGAGUUCUCCCAUGGGGAAAAUUCUGGACUUCUACGCGGCCGUUCGGAACGCCGAUCGGCCCGUAUUUUGUGCAAUGGGGAAUGACGAUGAUUAUGAUCUUGGCUCCACCUGCUGGAGAUGCAUUUAAUUUUGUGGUCGAUCUAUCCGUUUACCCGACCAAUAUAUUCAACUUCCUGCUCGUGUUGGGACUGCUCAUAAUCCGUCGCCGUCGGGCAAGACUGAACUUCCCCAGGCCCGAAUACCGCGCCUGGAAUGUCGCAAUCGCAUUUGCAAUUCUCACUAACAUCUACUUGCUGGUGGCACCUUGGUAUCCACCCACGGGUGGAGCCAACGGGGGAGAUGUGAGUUUUUGGUAUGGCACGUACCUAGUGGUGGGAAUUGGAUUGCUAUGCCUUUGCGGAAUAUACUACUACAUCUGGAUAGGAGUGAUUCCCAGGAUGAAAAAGUACGAAUAUCGACAGACGGUGGUCGACUUCGAAGACGGAUCAGUGGCGCAUAAACUGGUCAAGGUCCCGAACACAGAAUUGGCGCGUUGGGAUAAUGAACACGAUGCCGUUGGACGAUUGCGUCAUCGCACGGGGGCAUCAGGAGGAGAAUAA